AUAAAGAUUAAUUUUUCAUAUUAAUCUCAUUUAUUAUGGCUCAAUUGAACUGGUCAACUAUUUAUUUUUAAGCUUGUCCUAAUUUUAUAUUUGUCGCCUGCUGUUCAUAAACCUUGACGAUGCAUGCAAAUCACGUGACAUAUAGGUAUAAAUGUAAAAGUCGCCGUGUUCUGUCCUCUUUCAAUGCCAGUAAAUCGAAGUAUAGAUACUAGUAUACACAGUAUUCACUAUGUCUGCGCGUGGUAAAGGGUCACGGAGAGGAAGGAGGAGGAGGAAUGAGCCUGACAUCCCUACACAGGACAGAAAUAAGCGCCAGAGACGGUCAUUUGAUAAUGACAAUUCUGCCGAGGAUAGAGAUGUCUGGCUUAUGGGGGACUCCAUUCCAUACUGGGCGGGCGUCAGAGCUCAAGCUAGGGGAAUGCCAAAUUUAAAGCUGCCGGAGGGACACACUAUCGCCUGGUGGGGGAUCAGAGGAAUGGGAUGGUCCGACUUUAUUCAUUGCAUACAGUUACCAGUACUUUUUAGAUCUGCACCGAAGGUACUCGUAUUUCACUUGGGUGGCAAUGACGUUAAGACCCAUACAUUACGGUACAUCUUCAAAUUAAUACAGGAGAGUUUGGAAUAUACUCAAGGUGCGUUCCCUGAUUCUGUUUAUGUAUGGGUCGAUAUUCUACAAAGGCUUAAUUGGGGAUGCACGGAUGAGCAAGAACAAAAAGCAGUUGAAAAGAAGAGAAAGAGAAUUAAUCAGUUUGGCCACAAAAUUAUUAAAAAAGUUUCACCUACUAAAUCUCAUGUUCUUCGUAUGGAUAUCGAUGCCCAAACCCCCGGUUUUUUCAGGGGCGAUGGUGUGCACCUCUCGGACGUAGGGCUUGAAAUGUAUUUGGACUCGCUCCAUGAUAUGCUAGUGAAUAUCUUUAAAUUGUAAGAAUUUUGGGGAAAUAAAAUUAUUUUUUGUUAAAAAAGUGCGUUUUAAAGAUGGAUUUUAUUUUGUGGCGGAAAAUUCUUACGCAUGGGGGCGGCCAGGAGAUAACAUAAUAAUACACCUGUUUUUUACCCCCUAUCAACUUAAUUUGCCUAGAGUGUCGUCUGUAGGUGGAUAACAGUUUAUAGGGUUUAAACAAAAAAUUCCUGGGUUCUUAAAUUAUUUUUGGGUUAAAAUGAGCUUUAAAGUACUUGCUAGAUUAGCUUUGACUAAAGCGGUCUUUAAUAGCUCCUAUUUUGUUAGGCCGUUCUGUUGCAAAGUUUCAGUAUAGUUUCAUGUUGCUAGGUACUGCGGCGUACCUUGCGGUUAUAUCAAUUUCGCCGAGCGGCGGCGAGAGUAACACUAAUUGUUGGAUUAAUAGGUACUGCGGCGUACUGCGGCGUACCUUGCGGUUACGUAUGUGGUUACAUAUAUAUAUGACGCCGAGCGGCGGCGUUAGUGUUGUCACAAAUGGAAUUAAUUAGUGGUAUUAAUGCAACAGGGAUGGGGUUCUUGUAAGGUUCGCUCUUGGUCGCUCCUAUGCGUAUGUCUUUCCAUAGUUAUUAUCUAUGGAUCGAACAAACUUCAUUAGUGUCGUCUGAUGAGGUUUAGUUUUCACGUCCGUCAUGACCAUAUCCGCCAUUCAUAUAUUUAAUAAAAACCUGAAAAUACUUGAGUAAACUUGGCUGAAUUGUUAUGUAGUAAUGCAAUAGCCGUCAAUUAGAAGUAUGAACAAUCACUUGUUGUUGUUGUCAUUUGUGUUUAUCAAUUUAGUCCUAGAAUAAUAAAGAUUAAUUUUUCAUAUUAAUCUCAUUUAUUAUGGCUCAAUUGAACUGGUCAACUAUUUAUUUUUAAGCUUGUCCUAAUUUUAUAUUUGUCGCCUGCUGUUCAUAAACCUUGACGAUGCAUGCAAAUCACGUGACAUAUAGGUAUAAAUGUAAAAGUCGCCGUGUUCUGUCCUCUUUCAAUGCCAGUAAAUCGAAGCCCACCCGCCGCACCCUAAUAAAACUUUUUAUAUUGUUUGUCAUGUUAUGUUACAAAUGUGUUAAGGCAAUGGAAGUUCAAUUUUCUGCCGUUGAGAUUUUGUAUAUUUCAGUUUGUUUCUUCACAAUGUAUGGCAAAUCAGCAUUUCCUGGCACUAUUGUUGGUAUACAAGAACAAAAUGGACUUUUUGUUGCCGAAUCUCACUGGGAACUUUAUCUUGCAAACCGAAGCCAACCAAACUGGAGCGAUGAGUCUCAUGGAAUAAACAAAGGAUGGUAUCGGUGAUGUAAAACUGUAAUGCAUUUUAAUACUAAACAAUCGCGGAGUUCAGUGUUCGGAUGAAUCAAGGCAACAAGACACUGUUACAACAUUGUUGUUAUAAUAACAUAGUUAUUAUACGAAAGUGUGUAUAACAUUCGUAGAACUGAAACAGGAAAACUUUAUGUUUUAAGGGUGUGAUUAUAGUGAUUAUGAUAUCGGUAUGACUUUAAUAUCCACAAGUUUUACUGACGAAGAGACAAUGACUAUAAACGAAGCGUAAACCAAUUAUGUGCCGGGAUUAUUUUACAUAUAAACUGAUUUUGUAAUUACGCAUACUGUUAUGUCUUAAUAUAUCAUCAUUAUGAAUAUAUUGCUAACGUUUCUUGUUUAAUUAAGAUGUCUAUAGCUUUUAAUUAUUACAGAUAUACAUCUUAGGGAAUAUUUUCCGUCAUGACGGCGGAAAAUUCUUACGCAUGGGGGCGGCCAGGAGAUAACAUAAUAAUACACCUGUUUUUUACCCCCUAUCAACUUAAUUUGCCUAGAGUGUCGUCUGUAGGUGGAUAACAGUUUAUAGGGUUUAAACAAAAAAUUCCUGGGUUCUUAAAUUAUUUUUGGGUUAAAAUGAGCUUUAAAGUACUUGCUAGAUUAGCUUUGACUAAAGCGGUCUUUAAUAGCUCCUAUUUUGUUAGGCCGUUCUGUUGCAAAGUUUCAGUAUAGUUUCAUGUUGCUAGGUACUGCGGCGUACCUUGCGGUUAUAUCAAUUUCGCCGAGCGGCGGCGAGAGUAACACUAAUUGUUGGAUUAAUAGGUACUGCGGCGUACUGCGGCGUACCUUGCGGUUACGUAUGUGGUUACAUAUAUAUAUGACGCCGAGCGGCGGCGUUAGUGUUGUCACAAAUGGAAUUAAUUAGUGGUAUUAAUGCAACAGGGAUGGGGUUCUUGUAAGGUUCGCUCUUGGUCGCUCCUAUGCGUAUGUCUUUCCAUAGUUAUUAUCUAUGGAUCGAACAAACUUCAUUAGUGUCGUCUGAUGAGGUUUAGUUUUCACGUCCGUCAUGACCAUAUCCGCCAUUCAUAUAUUUAAUAAAAACCUGAAAAUACUUGAGUAAACUUGGCUGAAUUGUUAUGUAGUAAUGCAAUAGCCGUCAAUUAGAAGUAUGAACAAUCA